CCUAAAAACGCUCCUCCGUUUGCAUUUUUUCGGGGAUUGUUGCUCUCUGCAGUUUUUAUCACUGCAAUAGAGUCAUCCACUGUUUGUCGAUCAGCAUACUUCUCAACGUUGGCGGAUAAGCAGCUUAAAGGCUUCGUUGUAAAACGGUUUAAGUCUCCUGGCCAAAUUUCGUGUUGUCAAUCUUGUUUGAAAAACACCUGGUGUACUUCAACAAACUUCAAGCUUGCUCCUCAAACUUCUGAUGGCGAAGGAACUUGUGAACUAAACAAGCACAAUAGCUCUGUUAUUAAACAAAACACAUAUUUGCAGUUUGAGAAAGGUGUCGCUUUCUCAAUGCUUUGGCUUAAGGGCUGUCCAACAACCAACAGUUGCAAAAAUGGAGGUGUGUGUGUGUAUGACGAGAAAAAACAGUCUUAUUCCUGCAAGUGUAAGCCCAUUUGGACCGGAGAAACUUGUACUGAUCUGGUUACUUGUGACAGCCAUCCAUGCAAAAACAGGGGAACUUGUAGAGACCGAGUCAACGGAUAUAACUGUAGCUGUGCACCAGGAUUUCACGGGACACAGUGUGAAAAGAUUGAAGGUCAGCCUUGUUCAAAAGCUUACCGCAUAUUUUUUGAAAAGCCCUCUACCAAACGUCACACCAAGAAAGAAAACGCCAUUUCUUCAAUUCUAUCGGAAUUUACUGUCUGCUUUUUUGUUAAAAUGAAUGACACAAAUACAAAUGGGGAACAGUGCCUCUACAGUUACGCAGAAGCUUCAAGUACUUCUGGGAAUGGUAUUUCUGUUUGGUUGAACUAUCCAAAGUCAAGAAUUGGGAUCAGUGUAAAUGAGGCGAGUGGUACAGACACCGGAGCUGGAAUAAGUGACACUAUGUGGCAUCACAUCUGUGUUACCUGGAAAAGCACAAAAGGAGCCUGGCAGCUUUAUCUGGAUGGACAACUCCGAAGCAAUAAAACAGGCUUGAACAAAAAUCAUAAGGUUCCAGCCGGCGGAACAGUUAUUAUUGGACAAGAUCAAGAUAAAGUUGGAGGGGGCUUCGCAUUCAACGAGAGUUUUGGACCCGGUGAGGUGACAGAAGUUAACCUUUGGAGCAGGGUCUUGUCAGCGAGUGAUAUUGCAGAACAGUAUGCAAACUGCCACAUUACCAAAGUCGGCUUGAUACACUGGUGGGAACAAUUCAAAGAUGGCGUUACAGGUGUGAAAGUAGUUGAACCUUAAACCGAACAUUGAGCAGAGCUGAGAUAAUUUUUUUAAUUUAAUCGUAAUGCAAAUGCUUAAAUCUAUAAGGUAACUGCAUUAAACUCAUUAUAUGUAAAUCCGGAAUAAACCAACGUUUGAACCACACUAUAUGUUAUCCUUGACUUCGGUAAGAAGACUAAUGGAGCAGAUUUCUAUAUCCGUUAGCUAAGUGAGACUCAGUUCUCGGACAUCUCUUGUACAUCAAUGAUAUUUACAAGUCCUCUUCGUUAGUUAACUUUUAUCUAUUUACUGACGAUACCAGGACAAUAUCUGCAAGUAGCAACUUAAAGGAACUCGAAUCUCUUGUUAAUCGCGAACUUGGCAACGUCAACGAUUGGCUUAAGGCCAAUAAACUAUCUCUGAACAUAAAAAAAAUCAAACUUUGUAAUUUUUCGUCCCCGACAAAAAAAUGCCUUUUAUACCUAGGAUUAGAAUGUUUGACUCUGUGACUUAUACCUAUGCAAACCUUGAAACGAAAGACUAUGUAAUGUAUCUCGGCUUAAUGAUUGAUCCAAAUCUUUCAUGGAAAUACAUAUAGAAUCUAUCUGCUACAAAAUUAGCAAGUCAAUAGGAAUUAUUGCCAAAAUUCGACAUUAUUUCCCGCGUCGUGUCUUACUUUCAGUUUACAAUUCACUAAUUGUCCCUUAUUUAACUUAUGGUAUUUGUGCUUGGGAAAAUUAUGCCGUGACAUUUCAAAAAAAGGAUCGUAAUUCUACAAAAACGGGCCUUACGUCUUAUUUACUUCAGUAAGUCUAAGGAGCACACCGUACCUUUCUUUCUCAAAUCGAAUUGUCUUCCCCAACCUAGCCUAUUUUUCAGAGAUUGUAGCUAUUUAUUGUUUGAUAUCAAAAGACAGACAGCACCAGUUAGUAUACUCAAUCAGUUUGUUAAAACAAGUCAGAUUCAUAACUACAGAACAAGAUCAGUCUCUAGUGACUCGUAUUUUGUCAAAUUCUCUAGAAAAGAUAAAAUGUAUGCUUCUUUCUCGAGAAUUGGUGCCCAAAUUUGGAACUCUAUUCCCUAUUCGAUUAAACAACUCAAACGUUCCUCUUUUCGUAAAAAGAUAAAGGAGUUACUACUAAAUUUUUUACGAUCAGAUGAUGAUUAUGUCGAAGUCUCCCGUCUUAUUAAGUUAUUUAAUACUUUAGGUUAGCCUUCUUUCGUAAUCUUAAUAUACUUGCUCUGUUUUAUGCUUAUUCUAUUUACUUCAUAGUAGUGUUUUCAUUGUUAGUCCAUCUAUAAAUAAAUCCUGAACUUGUAAACUGUCCUUAGGUCUCCUCGCCUCGAUUAGUUCAUAAGCUAUUUGCGGGGAGAAACCAAUGUACUU